AUGGUAAAGUCAUACAGUCGUUACGACCAAGAAAAAGUCUUUGGAGUCAUCACAUCGCAUUCAAAUGUCGUCUGGCUCCCGUCUAGCGACUCGCAGACAUCGACCUCAGCAGGAAGAGCACUCACAUCGGGACUAGAAGAGAUUUUAAUCUGGGACAUCAAGACGGGCGAGCUUCUACAGCGAUUCAACGAUAGCUUGACUCCAGGAGCUUCAAACUCGAGCACCACCACCGCCCCGAGCCCCGUGACGUACCUUGCGUUCCAUCGCGAAACGAAUUUGAUCGCAGCAGGGUACCGCGAUGGCAGUAUCAAGAUCUGGGACGUGAGCUCGCAGUCGGUGCUUAUGAAGCUCGAAGGCCACAAGUCGAGCAUCACCCAGCUCAAGUUUGACAGAAGCGGAACGAGAUUAGCAAGCGGGUCCAACGACUCGAGCAUUAUCUUGUGGGAUCUCGUGGGAGAAACAGGGUUGUUUAAACUCAAGGGCCACAAGGGUCCCAUCACGGGCUUGGAAUUACUUGCGCAGUCAGAUAAUGAAGAUGUCGACAAUAUGGAGGACUAUUUAUUGAGCAGCUCGAAAGAUGGGUUGGUCAAGCUCUGGGAGCUACAAAGUCAACAAUGCAUCGAAACUCACUUGGCUCAUAGUAGUGAGUGUUGGUCGAUGGCCGUUAACCAACAGCGCGAUACCUUGUUGACCACGGGAAACAAAGACCAAGUGAAGGCAUGGGCCGUGGAUCUUACUCAGGAAGACGGAGCGAAAAUAAGCGAGCGUGGGUUGUUUGAAAAACAGAGCAAAGCUCGAGGCAACGAAAUCCAUUUCAAGCUGGUGAAGAAUAAUGGCGCCAUGGUUGAGCUCUUUGCUAUUCAAAACUCCGACAAGACGAUUGAAGUAUUUAGAGUUCGGUCAGAAGAGGAAAUGACCAAAGGGAUCAGCAAGAGAAUGAAGAGAUUGAAAGAUAAGGGAAUUGACGAGAUUGAAAUCUUGAAUUCUAUACGCGGAUCUGAAAUCAGCAUGCUCAUUGCUCCAUUUGCUGUAAUAAGAGCAGGUGCAAAAAUCCAAUCAUGUUACUGGACUAGCAGCAGCAAAAAUAGCAAUAAAAAAUUGGAUCUCCUUACUUCAACAGCAAACAACAGUCUCGAAUAUUACAGUUUGAAAACUCCCGAGAAUUUGCGCAAAGCCCAGCCCGCGGGAGUGACCCUGGACAGAGUCCAUGCUAUUGACCACUUGGGACAUAGGUUUGACAUUAGAGCAAUGGACAUCUCCCCUGACGAUGACAAGUUGCUCGCGACUGCAUCCAACGGAGAAUUGAAAAUCUGGAAUACGCGAACGUACAAUGUUAUCCGUUCAUUCACUUUAGAAGGUGGUUACGCCUUGUGCUGCAAAUUCUUGCCCGGUGGCUCUUUGGUUGCUGUUGGAUUCAAAAACGGCGAUUUAGAGCUAUACGACUUGACCACGUCGGCAUUGGUUGAUCGCGUGGAGAAAGCACAUAAACUUGCUACUGGCGGUGAGGACAAUAGCGCUGCCAUUUGGUCGAUGGACAUGACCUCGGACGGGAAAACUUUGGUCACUGGCGGUAACGACAAGUGUGUCAAGUUCUGGAACCUCAAGGUUGAGCAAGAUGUGGUGCCCGGUACAAACACCGUGGUGUCGCUGUUGAAGUUUGUCCACACACAGACGCUAGACUUGAACGAGGAUGUUCUUUGCGUCAAGAUCUCUUCCGAUGACAAGUUUCUCGCUGUCUCGUUGCUCAAUAACAAUGUGCAAGUUGUAUUCUUGGACUCGUUGAAGCUUUUCCUCACCUUGUAUGGCCACAAGUUGCCCGUUUUGUCGAUUGAUAUAUCGGCCGACUCCAAACUAGUGGUGACAUCGUCUGCAGACAAAAACAUCAAGAUAUGGGGACUUGAUUUUGGCGAUUGCCAUAAAUCAAUCUUUGCCCAUCAGGAUUCGGUGAUGAAUGUCAAGUUCAUUGGCGACUCCCACAAUUUCUUUUCGAGCGGCAAAGAUGGCUUGAUCAAGUACUGGGAUGGAGACAAGUUUGAGUGCAUUCAAAAGUUGCCUGCGCACCAGAGCGAGGUUUGGUGCAUGGCCAUUAGCAAGAACGGGCUCUACAUGUGUUCGACGUCGCAUGAUCACUCGAUCAGAUUGUGGUCAGCCACUAGUGAUCAAGUAUUCUUGGAAGAAGAACGGGAAAAGGAGUUGGAUGAGACGUAUGAGAGCAAAUUAUUGCAUCUGUUGGACACCGAUGCUCCCUUGGCAAAUGACGACGACGAGAAUAAUAACGAGGUUGAAGGUAAUGGGCAAGUUGAAAAAGUCACUAAACAGACGAUGGAAACGUUGAAAGCUGGAGAGAAGUUGAUGGAGGCAUUAGAUAUCGGUACUGAGGAUUUGGAGGCUACCAGGGCUUAUGAAGCACAAGCCAAGGCCAAGAAGGAAGCGACCAGGGAGACGCCAAAUGCGAUUUUACUCGCGUUCAAUAUGACCGGUCCGCAAUAUGUCCUUGACACGCUUUUGAAAAUCAAGCCAUCGCAACUAGACGACGCCUUGCUCGUGUUGCCCUUUUCCUACUGUCUCAAGCUCUUCCAAAUGAUUGAAAUCUGGACGGACAAAAACCACAUCACAAAAAACAUUACGCAACUUUCGCUCAUAUGCAAAGUCUUGUUCUUUGUCAUAACCUCAAACUCAAAAGAGUUGAUCAACCAGAAGGACCCGCAUUUGAAAAACCAGUUGACGGCAAUGAAGGGCCAGUUGAGGUUGAAUUUAGCGAAAACAUCCAAGACCCUCGGUGUCAACACCGAGGGUCUCCGAUUCUUAAAACAACAAUGGAAAUUGAACCACGGGGCCGAGUUCAUCGACGAAGAAGAGCAAAGGCAAUACGAAGACCGUCGCGCCAUCAAGCGGGUCUAUCAAACCGUGUGA